AUGAAGGUUCUCCUCAUCCUGGGGCUUGCCCUCCUGUCCUCUGUGACCAUCCAGGGCAAGGACUUUGAGAGGUGUGAGUUGGCCAAAACUCUCAAAGAAAAAGGAAUGGAUGGCUUCCACGGAGUCAGCCUGGCAAACUGGGUGUGUUUGGCCAAAUGGGAGAGUAAUUAUAAAACACAAGCUACAAACUACAACCCUGGAGACAAAAGCACUGACUAUGGGAUAUUCCAGAUUAACAGCCACUACUGGUGCGAUGAUGGCAAAACCCCAAAGGCUGUUAAUGCUUGUGGUGUGUCCUGCAAAGCUUUGUUGCAAGAUGAUAUCAGUCAGGCUGUAGAAUGUGCGAAAAGGGUUGUGAAGGAUCCACAAGGCAUUGGAGCAUGGGUGGCAUGGAGGAAACAUUGUCAGAACACAGAUGUCAAACCAUAUAUAAAGGGCUGCAAACUAUAA